AAUAUUUAAUGCUAUUUUUUUUUUACAGCCAUUACUUAUGGAUGCGUUUGCAAUAGUUGGAUGUAUAACAAGCUUGCUAUUUAUUAUCAUCAUUGGGUGGCAACUUUACAACAGGAAACGGAAGCCCCGAUUUAACAACAGACUUGUCAUUGCUGAAAGCCUCCAGCCUCAGAUUGUGUGCUGCUCAGUACCUUGUCAACAUCCAUACUAUAGAGUUAUUUCAGAAUGCACAGAAUAUAAAAUCCCGCAAGAAAAAACGUUCGUGAAAGAAAAGGUUGAAAUCAAAGAAAGCCCUCGAAAAUUCAAGUAUGACGAAUGGAGUCGCAGUUUGAGCUUGAGCAGCAUGCCAAGAAAAGCAGGACAUUCCAGUUCUAGAAGAUCGAGUGCCUCAGAUGUUGGUCGGUCUCUCUUACCUGUAACAAAGACAAAGCCGCUACUUCUUGCUUAAUGUUCUAUAAAGAAUGUUUUAUGCAUUUUUGUGAAUAAACUUUAUAUUAAAAUAAUAUUUUUUUAA